GUACGGACUGCACCGAACUUUAUUCCCUAAUAAGUUUCCGAUGCCCUCAGACGUGUGCAGUGGCAAAAAUUUUUCGAAAAUUAAUUUGUGUCUAAAUGGUGAAAAUGAAGUCUUUGUGUUUUCUGUUAACCUGUAUUUUGAUUUCGCUGGACUCUAGAGUUUUUGGAGCGGAACCGGAAGUAGUGAUCCUGAGAGCGGUGCGAGGUCGCGACGCGCGGCUGCCGUGCGGCCAGGGGAAGGUCUUCCUGGAUGGCCCCGAGUCUUACAUUCUCUGGCUUAGAAACGACCUUGAAUACCUCUACCGGUUCCCGCUCGAAAACUCUGACAAGCGGAUUGCCCUUCGUAACCACGUGUUUGGUACUCCCUGCGAUUCCGGCUUCUGUCAUGACUCGACCUCGUUGCUCAUCAAGAAGGUUUCUGACCGCGACGCUGGGCUGUAUCGCUGCCGGGUCCACUACCAAGCUUCUCCGUCUGUCGACUACAUCAUCGAAGUUAGGCUGGUUGAGUCCCCCGGGUUGCCGAAGCUUUACACUGGCGAUGGAAGUCCGAUCAUCCAGGGCUACGUGGGUCCUCUGAGCCUUGGCUCCGACCUGGUGCUGACGUGCGAAGUCAAGGAUAGUAAGAGCACAAAGGUGCCAGAAACAGAGGUGUACUGGCGUCGCAACGGCUUGGUGACGAAGCGAGCCUACGUGUACCAGCCAGGGAUACUGCGAGCUGACUUGCACUUGAACAACUUGACCCGAUCUGACUUGGAUGCACACUAUGAAUGCUUGGCCCAAAACUCUGACGUUACGGAGCCUCUGAUUGCUGGUGUGGUCAUUAAGAUGUACUUGCCGCCAAUGAGCGUGGAAAUCCGUUUGAACAACAACUAUGACUUCGAGGCUGGCCAGCCUCGCGUGGUGGAUUGUGUCGUCAUCGGCUGCGUACCCCCACCUGCCAUCACCUGGCACCUUGGAGACACCAUGCUUAGACCCACCGUGCACAAGGAACUCCACGACGGGAACUACACGGUAUCUUCGCUGACGCUGGCGCCCUCUCUCCGCGACGACCAGAAGAAGCUGGUCUGCCGAGCUCACAACUCUCACCUUCCCUCCGAGCGCUUCGUGGACAAGGUCACCCUGAAUGUUGGAUACCGGCCGGUCUGCCAAAUGGGUCGCGAGGAGAGGAUUGGAGCUGUAGUCAGGGAAGCCGAGACUGUGACCUGCAUCGUGGACGCCUCUCCCGAGCCAAUGCAGUUCAGCUGGACUUUUGCCGAUUCUACCACCUUGUACACCGGUGUCACUAAAGUCCCCGGCUACCCUCAUAGAUACUCAUCGACCCUGACUUGGCUGUCACGCGAGGGAGACAUUGGACAGCUUCACUGCCGAGCUACCAACGCCUUCGGAGAACAGAAGAAGCCGUGCAGUUUCAACAUCACCAUUGGCGGGCCUCCCUCACUUCCCGACUGCCGCGUGUCACGUACUUACCCGAACGCUUUACGAGUGCAAUGCAACAAAGGCUGGGACGGCGGUCGUCCCCAAAGCGUUCACCUCGAAGUCCUCGAUGAAGAGGGAACACCAGUGCGAAACGUGACGGACGUGGCCGGCCACUUCUUCCUACCCGAUAUCGUGUACUCGCGCAAUAUGACGGCUGUCUUAUAUGCUACCAACUCCCGAGGCAAGAGCGUCGACAAUGUUAUUGCCCUGCAGUCUUUGAAACCACCACCGGCUUCAGCUCUUAACAACUAUAUGACCAGUACUUGGAUGCCGUAUGUGGAGGCGCUCGUGGGGACCUUGGCUUUCAUCAUCGCUAUUGUAUCUAUCAGCCUCGGAACUAAAGUCCUGAUGGCAAGACGACAGAGUGCGGCCAUGAACCCUGACAUCAUACCACGCAAUGACGAUACAGCUCUCUGUAUGAUAGUGAUCGGACAAUAUUACUUGGGUUCAAUGCAGGAGUUUUCCAUCGGGAGCCGGACUUCAUCCGAGAUGAGCGGUUACUUGGACGAACGAAUAUAACCGUAAAUCAGAUGGCCGCAUGUCAAAAUCAGUACUCUUCAACACCUCUGCCGGCUUGCCGAGUCCUUGUAGACUGUGGAACACAUUCGUCUUCUGACUCUUGCCCGUCAAGCCCUCACUCAUACUACGUCUAAACAGCCUACGAUUUCAAACACCAACUUUUUUCCAUGGAACUGCGGAUGGUAUAGGAAUCUCUGUGUGGUUGCAAAUUAUAAUAUCAACGGCUAAAGCCGCAUGCAUACACGUGGGCGUUGCUGUAUCUCUGCGAUGAUUAUGUACACUACCUUACUUACUGACUGCAGUAUUUCUACUACCACUGUAAUCAUGAACUAAGUUUAACAACUUUCUUUCUGUCGACAACCAAUGCAAUGAUUAAAACGGCUUACGAUAAACCGAUUUGUAGAUUUAAUCUAUGUAAGUGUUUAACAUUUUGAUGUUUUGAGUAGGUAGUAGCAAUUUACGAUGUUACAUUAUUAGAGGUUUCAAAUACGUAGUAAUACUUAGUAAUUAAGUCCACAGUAAUCACUUAAACUGUGUUUCUUCUACACUUAAAUCUGCAUAUCAUUUUGAAGUUAUUUGAGUGAAAUUAAAACAGAAUUAGGCCAUAUUUUUUUUUUUUUGUAAGUACAAGACUUCAACUUUGCUUUAUUUCAAUGUUCAGUUAUCAGAAAGAUUAUCGAUUCUAGUCUAAAAAUAUUUAAAAGAUUAAAAAUAAAAUAACGGAAAUCGAGCUUUUGGUCCAGUAGUUUUCAAAAUCGUUAACAGAUACCUACAUAGAUGUAGAAUAUAAACUGUACUUUAGGUAGUUACGAAUCUGUAGGUACGUAUUUAAUUAGUGUGAUUAAAAAUAAUCAUUCGUAAAAAAAUAUAUUCAUCAGUAGUAAGUAUAAAAAUCAUAGUUUCUCUGGAAAAAUUCAAAUGACAGGCAUCUGGGUAUUUAAAAUUAUAGGUACCGAGGGGACCUUUUUU